AUGUCGUCAAAUAAUAGUCUCUCAAAAAAUAAGGCAGCGUUUAAGAGGAACCAGAGUGGUGUCUACCAAUUGCAAGGCAAAACAAAAGAUUCAAAGGCGGGUAGCCAAUGGAAGAAUAUAAAAUCUACGGGAAAUGCUAAUAAAGCAGAUGUUGAUGGUGAUAAUGAUACAAUUAAUUGUUUAAUUUGUGCCGAGCCAUUAAAGUUUGCUGCUUUAUCUCAGUGUAACCAUACUACAUGCAACGUGUGUGCAUUUAGGCAACGUGCACUAUAUGAGAAAAAGGCUUGCUUGGUGUGCAGAACGGAGAACGAAUAUCUAAUUUUUACUGGCAAUUUGGAAGCUAAAUAUAGUGACUUUGGUGAUAAAGAUAUUGUGAGCACUGAUGAGAAGCAUGGUGUUAAGUUUACCUCGGCAAGUGCGCAAGAAGCAACUGAGAAAUUGCUAAAAUAUCAUUGUCCAUAUGGAGAUUUGGGCACUACUGAAUUGAAGAACUUUAAGAGCUACAGUGCCCACUUAAAAGAUGUACACAAGCGUACGAUUUGUACUAUAUGUGAAGAACACAAGAAAGUGUUUCCUUAUGAGUUACAGAUAAUGUCUCCAAACCAGCUAAAAGCGCAUAAUAUAUCUGGAGACAAACGCGGUUUUAAAGGACAUCCAUUAUGUGGAUUUUGCUCAGGCCAGAGGUUUUAUUCCGACGACGAAUUGUACAUACACAUGCGUGAACGGCACGAGAAGUGUCACAUUUGUGACCAAAUCAAUCCUUCCCAACCGCAGUAUUUUAGGAAUUACGAUGAUCUCUUUGAACAUUUUAAACAUGCGCAUUAUGUGUGCACAGUGAGAACUUGCCUGGACUCCAAGUUUGUUGUAUUUCGUGAGGACUUAGAUUUGCAGGCCCAUAUUUUAAAAGAGCAUGCUAAUUUGACAGGUUCUAAAGGGUACAUAUCUGUUAACUGGGAUCGAAGAUACCGCUCCGAACUAUCGUCUAAUUUUUCGGCAAAUAUCUCAACUGCAGUCUUCGGCCAAGGCUCUAGUUCGUCAGCUACAUUGGGGUCUUCAUCAGCCGCUUCCCAGAUAUCUCCAGAUAUGAGGCAGAAAAGAAUGGAGGAACGUGCCAGACAUUAUUUAAAUAAUUCUCAGGAAAGCAUGCAGUCAUUUCAGCAGAUCAAUAAUGAAUAUAAAAGCGGUACCAUAUCUGCUACGGAAGUCUUGAAACGCUAUGAGCAACUGUUUAAAGAUCCAAAUUCGGAUGUCUUCCUACUAAUAAAUAAUUUUGCGCAAACUUUCCCGGAGAGUUCCACUCGCUACAGAGAGUUGAAUUCAAUCUAUGAAACUGAACAGAAAAGACGUGAUAGAAUACUAAAAUUUCCUUCUUUGUCUAGCAAUCCUUGGGAAACCGCGCCUGUUGUUGGAGCAGGUUGGGGCGGUAACUCAUCAUACAAGGCUGGCAGGGCCUCCAAGCAUAACUUCCCGUCAUUAAGCGAAGUGCAUCCCACAACUUCCUCAUCUUCUCAUUCUGUUAAGGUCAAACCAUCCCCUUCUUCAUUAUCUAAGAUUUCUUCAACUCCUAAAUCCAGACAUGUGGUGAAUACGAGGCCCAAAGCCAAUUUAGUACCCAAUUACCUUGAAAACAGAACGAAUUCAGCAGAAAUAAAGAAAUCCUCUUCGAAUUCAGCUCUUUUCCCGCCUUUGACUACUAAUACUAAAAAAAAAACUUACAAACCAGUGAACGAUCAUUUAAUAAUAGACCCGAAAACCUGGGGACAGCUAAAAGAUCAACAAACUGCAAACGACGAGACUUCAUCGAGCGAACCAAACGUUGGCAGCUCAUCAGAUCAAAAUGGAAAGAAGCGUAAACAAAAACGGAAGGAGGUACUGUUUCAUUUCGGACUUUGA